UGGCUCGACAAUCAGUUCGUUAACAGCCUUUGGUAGAUCGGUUAGUCGGUCGGUCGUCAUGCCUAUCGCCGUUCGAAUAUAUUAACUCGUUGUUACACCCACACGUGCACACACCCGUCGUAGAGACCAAGCCGGGGAUUCACCUCGACGUUUCUCACGUCGCACGAGAGUGUCGUCCACCAGGGUAUGUCGUCGCGGGGCCGUGCAAUACGGUAAAAUGUUGCCGCUGGCCAAUCGGGAUCAUUCGCUGACAACCAGGUGAAGAUGGAAGAUGACGCUGACCUCAGGGAACAAUUGUUUCUGAACACCGUACGCGAGAACAUAAUAUAUUUGCUGCUUUUUUUGCUGCUAUAUAUCUCAAGUUACGCGCUGAUCGCGCGUUUUAGACGCCGGGAUCGCGAGGACUACCUGUCGGUGGACGAGGAUGAGGCCACUGUGUACAGGAUCAGCCUUUGGCUGUGCACGGUCGCCCUGGCAAUUUCCGUCGGCGCGACCCUCUUACUUCCGGUGUCUAUCGCUAGUAAUGAAGUCCUCAUCUUAUAUCCAAACAGCUACUACGUCAAGUGGCUCAACAGCUCCCUCAUCCAAGGUCUAUGGAAUCACGUGUUCCUAUUCUCGAACUUAUCGCUUUUCGUGUUUCUGCCUUUCGCCUAUCUUUUCACGGAGUCAGAGGGUUUCGAAGGCCAUAAAAAGGGCGUGAUGGCGAGAGUAUACGAGACAGUGACAGUUCUCUGUCUCUUGGGUACUCUCGUACUAGGAAUGACUUAUGUCCUGUCGGCCCUAUUGGAUUAUCAAAACUCAAGUUUACACACGUUGCUCAAUUUAUGGAGUUAUUAUUUGCCUUUUCUAUAUUCCUGCGUCUCGUUCGUCGGCGUAGUAAUGUUAUUACUAUGCACUCCAGUGGGAUUCGUACGACUGUUCGAUGUGGCGGGGUCGUUUCUUGUUAAACCCCAAUUUCUGAAGAACUUAGAUGAGGAGUUCUUCGCGUAUAGAUUAGAGGAGGACUGUAUCCGCAGAAGAUUACAGCACGUAAAAGCUACGGGGAAGUCGUACGUAUCACCGGUGCCGAUGUCGCCGGCGAUGAACUGUGGCUGGUUGCCGCACGAGGACGAUGAGCCACUACUGUGCAUAAGUCCGGGUCUGCUGUGUCUGAGGAACGGUGCUCUGCAAAAGGGUCUUUCUCAACGGCUGGACGACGUUCAGAAGCGGCGACAGCUGCUGGAUCAACAGCGGAGGACCUGGUGGGUCCGGCGCACGCUACUUUAUCCAGUAGCGAUGCUGGCGCUGCUCGUUCUGUCCACUGCCACGGCCCUAUUAGCGGUGCAAAACACUAUAGAAUUACUGAUAGGUAUCAAGGCGUUGCCGUUGAGCACGAGGCAAUUUACGCUCGGCAUCAGUUCCCUGUCCAAGCUCGGACCCAUCGGUGCGGCCAUCGAGGUGGCGGUGAUUCUUUAUUUGGCCGUGACUAGCGCGAUCGGCCUGUACGCUUUACCGGGCGUGAGAAUGGUUCAACCAAGGUUCCGCUCCACGCCACUCACCCACCUCAUUGCGAAUUGCGCUCUUUUGCUUGUGCUAAGUUCGGCGUUACCGCUAUUAUCGCGAAUAUUAGGAAUGACAAAUUUUGAUCUACUGGGUGAUUUCGGACGCAUCGAGUGGCUUGGUAAUUUCAAGCUCGUUCUCCUCUACAACUUGAUCUUCGCGACGGCGGCGAUCAGCUGCCUGACCACCAAGUUUACGGCUACCGUGCGCAAGGAGAUCUACGCCCGUCUGAGGAGCAGCCUGCUCGGUAUCUUUAGGACCACGAGCGUCACCGCCGACGCGAAGAAAUAUUCAUCGUCGUCAGGAAUAUUUUCUAUAAAGGAAGAUUAGACUGAUUUGUUAUAUUAUUAUAUAAUUAAUAUAAACAACAGAGAGAGAAAAGAGACGCCGGGACCUUACGAAAGUUUGCCUGGUUUUUAUGUUCUUGCAUGCAGAAUUACAAGGAGUCUCUCUCGAGCUUCUCGAAGACGUGAGAAAUUGAUAUCAUAUACGACGCAUGUAAGAAGGACGGAGAUAGAGAGUUCUCGAAUUUGCCGAUCUAUGGACGUGCCAAUCCUUCGAUGCUUUAAAACUCUUGGACUCCUGGAUCGUUCGAUUCUCACGUGCUCGAGCAAUCACGCCGAGGUCCUCUAUAUUUUCAUAUUCCUAGAUUCAGAAACUGUUGGUUUGUUUUAAUUUUUUUAAGAAUUUAUGGAUCGAAUAUAUAAAACAUAUUAAAUAUAUGACAGUAUAUUUAAAUAAAGACGCCUUGCGUCGUGUCUGAGAGAUUGGCUUUUCCAAGGAACUAUCGAUUACGUUGAAAUCAUCGGUAAACUUCAUCGGCAAUCUGGACGUAAUCUUGAGAUUUCUUUUUUAAAGAGCCAGACACUUUUGCACGCUUUUGCUCCCGUGCCAUCGAGAAUCACUGCAUUGAAGAGCCAACGAAACUUUCGUGAGAGCCUAAAAGUUUAUCGCUUAGAAUAAACGAACGCUAGUGAUUAUUUGUAAUUAUGCGCGAGGCCAGUCAAGGACAUGUCCGAUAAGGACAACAAGGCGGUCACAUUCGUAAUACGUAGCGUUAAAUAUUUAUUUAUUACAUUAAUGCUAAUUUUUAAGAAUAUAUUUGUCCGGGCACGAAACAAAAACUCUACAAUCGGACGAGUUUAUGUAUGUACAUAUGGCGAUCGAAUGAUUAAUUUAUAAUGGAUGACGAGGACUGCAAGGAGGAUAUGGUACGAUCUAAGUUGCGUAUGCGCAAGAUAUUGAGUGAAAUUUUUCAUCACACAAUAAUAUAUCUGACA